UCACCGCUCGCGCUGUUGCCCCGCGUUCGUUCUACGGCAACGUCGUCUCUGAGUUCCGCUGCUGCAGCCCAUACGCUUGCGAUCCGCGUCACCCGGCAAGAUGAACGACGAGGAACGCGACGUGGACGUCGAGGCCGAGAGGAGGGCCCACCACAGCGCCCUCGAGCGAAGACGGCGCGACCACAUCAAGUUCACGUUCGGCUGCCUGCGGGACGCCGUGCCGUCCCUGCAGUGGGAGAGGGCUACGCGGGCCCAGAUCCUGAAGAGGGCCGCCGACUACAUACAGCUGAUGCAGCGAAAGAACAGGGAGCGGCUGCACACCAUCAAGGAGCUUAAGCGAGAGAGGAAGCACCUCGAGGAACAGAUCCGGGCCUUGGAGGAGAUGGAGAUGGCCAACGGCGGUGGCGACUGCUCGCCAAGCACCUCGGUCGUCGCUACCAUUGAAGAAGGGAACUCCGCCUCCCCGGCUGGCGUCACCUCCGAGGCUUCCAUGCUGCCUGAAGGGAUCUAAGCGACCGCUGAAAAAAAAAAAAGCCCGACUGCGAAACAUGGUCAUCGUCCUGAAUAAAGAGUAAUACAG